CCUUAUUAAUUUGACGACCUUUAAGGUUUACCAGAUUGCUUCUCCACACGCUCAGAUCAUCCUCGAGCCUCAUGAUGGCUGCAUCGUUGCAAGGAAGAGAUUUGAGCACUGUUCGUGUUCCCCUAGGAGGGGACAAGGUCUACAAGGAUGAAUGUGUCUACUCCUUUGACUCCCCUGAGAUGGAGAGUGGACUGUGUGUGAGUCUGAGCUCUUUCCUUGGGCUGAGUCGCCAGUAUCUGGAUAUGCACUACCAGAAAACCAAAGAGUCACUAUAUUUAUUCAUCAAAAAAACGAAAAAGCCCCCAGCCCCGGCUCCUGUGGUGGACGAAGCCCCACCCAGUAAGAAGCCGACUCGUCUUGCUAUUGGGAUGGAGGAUGGUUUCGAUGGAGGAGUAGAGAAGGUGGAGUAUGAGGAGAGCUAUUCUCUCUUGGUGCUGCCUGAGUUCACUAUCAUACCUCUGCCAGACCCACAGCUGCCACAGAAGAUCCAAGAGUCCAUUAGAGGCAUCCAGUCUGCACACACAGCCACCAAGCAGGAGGCCAUUGCUGUAUGGGAUGGGGACAAGAGAAUAGUGUCCAAGCAUGCAAUGGCCCUGGUUCAGUUGGACAAUGGAGUCAAAGUGCUACCAAGUGGAUGGAAGUGUUCCAUGUGUGACCUGACCUCUAACCUCUGGAUGAACCUCACUGACGGUACCAUACUCUGUGGACGAAAAUACUUUGAUGGAUCUGGGGGUAACAAUCACGCUAUAGAUUACUACGCUGAUACCCGGUACCCCCUGGCGGUGAAACUAGGGACCAUCACACCUGACGGAGGGGACGUGUACUCUUAUGAUGAGGACGAUAUGGUACUCGACCCUCUGUUGAGUCAGCACCUUGCUCACUUUGGCAUUGACAUCACCAGCAUGACCAAGACUGAUGCCACCAUGACUGAGCUGGAGAUUGACAUGAACAUGCGUAUUGGGGAGUGGUCCAUUAUUCAGGAGUCUGGCAAAACCCUUGUCCCUCGAUAUGGUCCAGGGUACACAGGGAUGCGUAACCUUGGCAACAGCUGCUAUCUGAACUCAGUCAUGCAGGUCAUGUUCUCUCUGCCAGAGUUCAAGCAAAGGUAUUUCGAUAAUGCUGGUACCAUCUUCCAAAACUCUCCUGCCAACCCAACCUCUGACUUCGACUGUCAAUUGAGUAAACUAGCAGUGGGGUUGUUGUCUGGUCAGUACUCUCGAGAGCCCCCGUCAGAAGAGGCGCCAAGUAACAAGGAAACAAAGCCGCCCAAGGAGCAAGAGGGAAUUCCCCCAAUGAUGUUCCAGGCUCUGAUUGGUCGAGACCACCCUGAGUUCAGUACUAUGAGGCAACAGGAUGCUCAGGAGUUCUAUCUUCACCUGCUGGCAUUAAUUGACAAGAAUCAACGUACCAAACCUGGGACUCUGAAUGCAGUGGACUCAUUCCGGUUCCAGACUGAGGAACGAAUCGAGUGUGUAGCCUCAGGGAAGGUCCGCUACUCCCUGAGAGAGGACAACCUCCUUCCCCUGCCCGUACCUCUGGACACAGCCACUAACUUAGCUGAAGUGGCUGCCUGGGAGGAUAAGAAGAAAGAAUUAGAAGCAAACAAGCAGAGAAUCAAUCCUAAUGACAUUGUUCGAGCCAAGGUACCAUUCACUGCGUGUCUAGAGAGGUUUGCACUAGCUCAUGAGAUUUCGGACUUCUACAGUACAGCAGUUGGUGGGAAAGGCCUGGCAAAAAAGACCUCGCGGUUCACCUCAUUUCCAGACUACCUCAUGAUACAGAUGGUCAAGUUCACUUUUGCCGAGGACUGGGUUCCAAAGAAAAUAGAUGUGCUUGUUGAUGCACCCGACACUCUGGAUUUGUCUCACUUGAGAGGGUGUGGUCUACAGCCCGGAGAGGUGGAGCUCCCUGAUGGUGGGGAUGCCCCUGCCAAUCAACAAGAGGAGAAACCCGUUGAAAUUGAUGAGGGGGUGGUGAUGCAGCUGGUGUCCAUGGGCUUUGACCUAGAAGGGUGCAAGAGAGGUGUCUUUAACACCCAAAACCAAGGUGUUGAGCCAGCUAUGAAUUGGAUAUUGGAACACAUGGGAGACCCAGAUUUUGCUGCCCCAUUUGAGCCUCCAAAGCCACAGUCCAAGACCUCCGCCGGUCCACCCGUCAGUGAAGACAGUAUUGUCAUAGUAAUGAGCUUGGGAUUCACCAGAGAGCAAGCCAUCAAAGCACUGAAAGCAACUGAUGGUAAUGUGGAGAGAGCGGCUGAUUGGGUGUUUAGUCACAUGACUGAGCUGGCGGCUAUGGAGGUGGAUCAGCCGUCAGAGGUGGGACCAACCUAUCACGAUGGACCAGGAAAAUACGAGCUGACGGCCUUCAUCAGUCACAUGGGCACCUCCACCAUGUGUGGCCAUUACGUCUGCCACAUCAAGAAAGAUGGCAAGUGGAUCAUCUUCAACGAUGCUAAAGUUGCCGAGUCAGCUGCUCCCCCCAGAGAAUUGGCCUACCUCUAUCUAUACAAAAGAGUUGGAACCUCAUAAAAACUGAUAGCACACUAACAAUGCGCAGUUCACAAUUAAGUCAUGUACUAUUAUUGUGUGUAUUAUGUGCUGCGUUGCACAAUGUAUAACAUUGUGGCUGUGGA